GGCACAUUGACAGUGGAAACUGGGCUUUUGUAAAGGUAAAGUAUGACGGCAGCAGCAGGUGUACUUACAGGCUUGGCCAAACUAAAGCGCCAGGACUCGUCCCGCUCUCAGCAUCGGGCACCGCCUGCAGCAGGAUUGACCUCUGAAGGGGCCCCCAGAAAACGGAAGCGUCGCACCGAUGUUGUGGUGGUACGUGGUAGACUCCGCCUCUACUCAGCCUCUGGAUUCUUCCUCUUCUUGGGACUGAUCAUUUUGGCAAUAGGGAUCUGCAUGGCAACGCUGGGUUACUGGCCACAUGGUAAAGCCUCACGUACAGGCGGAGGACAGGGAGUGAAGGAGGAGAAAGAUGCAACCAACACGACUCAUGACAUUCGAGGUUCACCGUCCCGGCAUACUGGUGGUGCUCUGAUGAGGUUUCUGGAACAACAUCUUCACUCUGAGAGAAUGAAGAUGCUGGGGCCCUUCACCAUGGGGAUUGGGAUCUUCAUCUUCAUCUGUGCUAAUGCAAUACUCCAUGAAAACAGAGACAGAGAAACUAAGAUUAUCCACAUGAGAGAUAUGUACUCGACUGUCAUCGACAUCCAUCGCCUCAGGCAGAAGGAACAAAAGCAAUACUUUCACCGCAACAGUGUAUACAGCAGAGAAGCAGGCGAUCUGCGAGCGUUUGGAGUGGACGCCGCCGCACGUUUGGCCAGUAACUCCCUCUUGGCGUUUUCUUCUCGAGCUGGGAGUCAAGGGUCUGCAGAGGAGGAGGAGGUACUGCUAGGAGAUGAGUAUCGCCGAUGCAGAGAGCAGGCCAGGUUGGACUGCAGCUUUGCAGGGUUGCUGGCACCACUUUACAAGGAUCGUUCAUUCUGUAGUCCGGGCUUUGGGCUGGGCCGUUCAGAUUCGAUGCGCCACCAGUGGUCAGUGGACGGCGAUGGGGAGAAGAGAGGACACCACACGGGCUCGAUUGUCUCCUCAUCGAUCUCUGCGUUUACGCUCCCCGUCAUAAAACUCAACAACUGUGUAAUUGAUGAACCAGAGAUGGAGGCGAUCACCGAGGAGGACAGAGGAGGGGAGAGAAGAGACGGAGAGAGGUCAAUGCCCCUCAGCUCCAUGGAGUCUCUGGUGGUGCCUGUAGCAUCUGUUGCUAAGGCCUCUAAGCCGCUGGGCUUACAGCGGAGUAACUCUGCAUCAUCUUCCUCUAGAAGCUCCUCUUUCUCCUCCUGCACUCUCUCCCCUGCUCCUUCCUCUACCUCAGGCUGCUGGCUUUCCCCUGGAGCGGCGAGGAGUGACUUUGGCUCCAAUUCCUCCUUGCAUAUGCUCAACAGCCAUUCCAAAUCUCUGGACCUGGAACGCGGGCCGAGCAUGCUUAGCGUGCACCAAGAGCAACGGAAACACCCCAGCUGGCCCAGACUGGACCGUAGCAACAGCAGCCGCAGCCACAGCGGAAACUGGGGCAGCACUAAAGGCUACACGCGACUGGAGGACAAGGAGGAUCAAGGGGAGCGGCUAUCGGACGUGUCGACGUCCGUGAUGGUGCGACGCGACUUCAGCAAGCGCGAGAAGCUGCUGAUGAUAUCUAGAUCACACAAUAACCUGAGCUUUGAGCACGAGGAGUUCAAUAACAGCACCCUGAAGAGAGGCAGCUCAGAGACUCGGUUCUGAAGGAAUGACUGAUGGAAGCUCUGACCCAGUCUCUAACAGGUUCUCCACACAUCCCAAGUGUCUAUGAAAGACAAGCUUAAGAAAUACAGUGUUGCAAGAGCAAAAUCAAAAGUGGUUUAAAUUAUUUUCUUAUUUCAACAGAGAUUAGUAGCAGUAGUGAUAAAUGAUUGAACCUGAACUGUAAAAGGUUUGAACGUCAUGCCUACCUACUGUUCAACCACAGAGGUGCUGUCUUACAGCUGCCAAACACGUGAAGGAAGAAGUUCCCUCCAGGAAUCAAUAAAAUGCCAUCACGGCACACAAUCAGUCUGCUCCAGUCCUUAUCAAACGUUUCUAGUUUCAGCUCGACUUUGAUGUUAAAUAAAGAUGGUGGCCUGCAAGAUUCAACACAGAGGCCCCCGUUACCCUGCAGGCAUGUUUUAUUGACCUUUCCCAGGAACUUUAGAAGAAAGAAUGGCUGCAAAACCCCCCAAUAUGCACCGGUUUUAGUAUUUUUGUCUGUGGCUCUGCUCCACUGGCAUUUUAAUGAACUGUAAUUAGAUCGCUCUCAGGAUUUUUCAUUUUUCUUUACCGCCUCAAACACUCUGACUCGGCCUCAUUAAAAACUAUUACUUCCAUUAUUGCUCGGCUAUUCGUUUCAAUUGUCUAAUUAAGUUUUUAAAUCUUAAUGCACUU